UAUUGUUUGUAAAUUGUUAAGGCUCUUUGUGACAUAUGCAAAUUCGGGGCGGCAGUUGCUCUUUUGUUUUCCGAAAGCGACACAAAGGGAAUAUGCGCUGCCCAACCUGCGGUGAACUGCGAUUAACGACGAAAUGUGGAGUUUUUGCCUUAUGAAUUAACCUCCUCCAAAAUUAGUGCUGAUGGACACCUUAAACAUUUCGGCGACCACGUAGGCUACAUAUAUUUGACUACACUUUCGUAGGAGUUGUGGGCAUUUCCAGAAGUACUUUUAUGAUCAUGGUGGCAGUUUAGCCCUUCUUCUUCACCAUGGAACUAAGAAAACACUCAUUAGAACCAGAUGACUCCUUUUCGGCCUUUGGAAAUUAUUAAUGUGAGAGGUGGAAGAGUCUGAGAACACCGACCGACCCUAACUACAAGUGGGAGGCAGCAAACGGCUCGGUGAUGACUUGAAUCGGUAUUAGUGUGCUUUACGACGCAGCGGCCCGGCCCGCGCUCCCCUCGCUCAUCGGUAAACACACUACUCACCAUCGAGAUAUAUCGCUCCGUGGGGAGAACACCGCGCCCGCCCACCCAUGACUUCGAGGGCAUAAUCGCGAGCCAUAAAGGUAAAAUAUCACAAGACCUUCAAGAUCGCAACGGAAUGGAUGCUAACCCAGCCCGUAGUGAUAUAGAAAAAAGUGACGAUUCUCCGUAGAUUUCUUCAUAUUAUCCCUCGGGUGGAGUAUGUGAGGGGAUUGGUAGUUUGGAAGAGUUGUUCAUUGCAUCAGACGCUCAUCAGUCGCGUGUAAGACGUGCCGAAUAAUUAUAAGAUUCGGAUGUUCAAGAUUAGGGGCCUUAUCUCUUUCUAUAUCUAUCUAUCUGUCUGUCUAUCUAUUUAUCUAUCUAUCUAUCUAUCUAUCUUCAACGCUCAAUCUCCCGGCCUUUCCACACAACACAGCUUUCCCGUCAGCUGCCCGUCAUCUCCCCCUUGGCUAACGUAACCACUUGGUGCCUCCCUCGCCGCAGCUCGUGGUGGAGGUGAUGGACGCCAAUGAUCACCGGCCUGUGUUCAGCGCCAGGACCUACGAGGGUGCCGUGAGCGAGGACGUGGCGCCGGGGUCCACCGUGGUCACCCUGCAGUGCCGAGACAGGGACCAGUCACCCACGGCGUCCUCCUCCGUGUACUUCACGCUGCACCACGCCCAGGCCUUGGCGUCCCAGGGCCUCUUCACCGUGGACUCCUUCACCGGGGACCUCACCGUGGCCGAGCCCCUGGACAGGGAGGUGUCCAGCGUCCACGAGCUGACCGUGAGCUGCAGGGACCGCGGCAGACAGGAGAACGCAGACUUUGCCCGCGUGGCCGUGACGGUGGAGGACGCCAACGACCACGAGCCCGUCUUCCUGGAGCCCGUGAUCAUCGCCAAGGUGAGCGUCGGGGCCGCGGCGGGCACGGCGGUGGUGCGGGUGAUGGCGCUGGACCACGACAAGGGCGACAACGGCAGGAUAUCCUACUCCAUCUUCGAGGGUAAUGCUGGAGGAAUCUUCAGCAUUGACACUGCCCUCGGCGUGAUCAGCCUCACCCGAACCCUGGCCGAGGCCCAGCCCCCGGAGUACCUGCUGCUGGUGCGGGCCACGGACCACGCCGCGCAGGCCCGCGCCGCCUCGGUGCCAGUGCGGGUCAUGGUGACCGCCUCGCAGAGCUCGCCGCCCUCCUGGCAGGGCAAUAAGCCGCGCGUGGAGGAGGUCGGGGAGUGGGUGGCGGUGGGCACGGCCCUGGCGCGCGUCACGGCGUCCUCACCGUCGGCGCUCCACUACACGCUGACGGGCGGGAAUGAGAACGGUGCCUUCGUCAUCAGCCCCGCCUCGGGGGUGGUCAGCGUGGCCACGCCCCUGGACUACGAGACCACAGCCUGGUACAACCUGACCAUAACGGCCACCAACCUGGCCGGGGUGUCCCGCAACACGUGGCUGGGCGUGACGGUCCUCGACGAGAACGACUGGUGGCCGGAGUGGGUGCGGCUGUCCUACCACGGCAGUGUCCUGCAGACCGCCGGCCGCGGCGCCCCCGUGCUGGCCGCCCACGCCCACGCCCAGGCCAGCCCCAGCCAGCUCACGGUGACCGCCCGGGACCGUGACCAAGGCUACAACGGCAGAGUGACCUACACGAUCGUGGAGAAGGACAUCACAAAGUUGUUUUCAAUCAACCGCCACACAGGAGCUGUGUGGGUGUCUGGCAGCCUGGACACAGUGGCCGGCACCACGGUGAGGCUGAGUGUGUGGGCCACGGACGGGGGCAGCCCCCGGCGGGAGUGUGUGGCCCCCGCCCCGGUCUUCAUCUCGGUGAGGGAGGUGAAGGCUGCCCCUGUGGCCUUCCCCGAGACCCACUACUCAGCCAUCCUCUACCUGCCAACCUACCCUGGCGUGAGGGUGUUCUGCCUGGGCCGGGAGGAGCAGCCACACCAGCACGUGGAAGUGAGCGCCAUCACACAGAUCUCAUAUUCCAUCGCUGCCGGCGACGACAGAGAAAACUUUGUGUUUGACAACGUUAGCAAGUGUGUCAAGGUCCAGGACCAAUACAGCCUCAAGCCUCACUACAACCUCACCCUCCAGGCCACCGACGGGGCCGCCUCGUCCACGGCCACAGCGGAAAUUUUAAUUGAAGAAGCGCCGCUGUCCACUCUGGUCUUCACUGAGGACCAGUACUGGGCCAACGUCAUCGAGAACUCCACCAAGGAAAUGAACGUUGCUGCCCUGGGAGUGAAGGGUCAGCCACUCAACCACCACGUCUACUAUUCAAUUCUCAACCCAAACAGUAAAUUUGAAAUCCACCCGACUGCUGGUGUCAUCAAGACCACCGGCAAGUCCUUUGACCGGGAGGCUGAGGACCACUACACGCUGGUGGUGGAGGCGCAGGACAUCGAGGGCACGGCAAAUGUGGCCCAUGUGCUGGUCCACGUGGCGGUGAUGGAUGUGAAUGACAACGAGCCGGUGUUCCUCAACCAGCCCUUCCAUGCCCUGGUGUCCACUGUGUCCCCGCGCGGCCAUGUGGUUACUAAGGUCCAGGCAAUAGACGCUGACUCAGGAGAGUUUGGGAGUGUCCGCUACGAGCUGGUGCGAGGCAGCGGUGAGCUCUUCGCUGUGAAUAAAAAGUCAGGUGAAAUCUCCCUGAAGCAGACGCUCCUGGCAGCCGACAAGACCUACAGCCUCACCGUUGCUGCCUACGACGGGGGGAAGCCUCCCCUCAGCUCACAGGCUCACGUCCUCAUAAAGGUGGCGUCCUCUGAAGGGCCAAUGUUCACCGCCGCACGGUACGAGGCAGCAGUGCCGGAAAACGCCGCCGAGGGCACGCAUGUUGUGAGGGUGGAGGGCGCCAGCCCUUCCGGGGAAACCAUCAUGUACACCAUCGUGGCCGGCGACACCGAGGAGGAGCUGUUUGGCCUUGACUAUUCCACAGGGUACAGGAGGCCGGCCUUCGCCCUGGCCGUGGCUGGGGUACAACACACUGCCAGGGGUGUCGUCCAGACCACUGCCCUGCUGGACUAUGAGGCCUCCACCAGCCACAACCUGACGGUGCGGGCGCGGGAUCCCUUCACCGGCGGACACACGGACACCCACGUCACGGUCACGGUCACGGACGUCAAUGACAACCCUCCAGAGUUUAGCCGCUCCGUCUUCAAGGGGGACGUGUCGGAGGCUGCGGCGCCGGGCCAGGUGGUGCUGCAGGUUUCAGCAAGUGACAUGGACACUGGCCCGGGUGGUUCAGUGCGCUACUCGUGUCUCAGGGAGUGCAACAGCUUUGAGGUUCGUGCCCUGGAUGGUGCCGUCAUACUCACCAAGGAGCUGGAUGCUGAGACUGAGGCUCAACACGUGCUGACUGUGCUGGCAACAGACUCAGGAAUACCCCAGCUCUCCUCCACCGCCACAGUGGUCAUUGACGUUGUAGACUUCAAUGACAACCCUCCAGUGUGGCGGCAGGACAGCUACUCCUGCCGUGUGUUGUCCGAGGCCCAGCCCGGCCACGUGGUCACCUCGGUGUCCGCCACUGACCCCGACACUGGUCAGGUCACGCCGCUUAGCUAUGCCAUUCACUCCGGGGACCAAGGCACCAUCUUCAAAAUGGAUCAGCUGACUGGUGUGUUGACGGUGACGGCCCCACACAAGCUCAAGAACCUGACCUCCCUCAACCUGAACCUGUCAGUGAGUGACGGGGUGCACGUGGCCUUCACUGGCCUGCACGUCGCUGUGGUGGCCUCCAAUCACCACGCGCCCAGGUUCAAUCGCACGCUCUACGAAGCUUACGUGGAGGAAAACUCAUCUCCCGGCCAGCUGGUCAUCAACCUUGUGGCCACGGACCUUGACGCCUGGGACCUGGGCAAGCUGAGAUACAUCAUCCUGCACCAGACCUCAGAGGGAGCCUUCACCAUGGACAAGGAAGGCAAUCUAUACACUGAGACACCCCUGGAUCGCGAAUCCCUGCCCGUGCACAACCUCAAGGUGUCUGUGAUGGACGAGGGGGGCCGGGCCAGCUUCACGGCAGUGCGAGUGACGGUGCACGACAAGAACGACAACCCACCAGUCUUUACACUGCCGGAGUACCAGGCGAACAUCAACACUGACGUGGCUCCCAGGACGACCAUUCUCAAGGUGGGGGACAGCGGGCAGGGUGGAGGUUGUCACAAGUGUGAGUGUUACUGGGUCGACGUGCAGGGGGAGGAGCGUCAGUUUGGCAACAUCACCGUUUCCUUCGCCAAGGCUCGCCAGGUCUGCCCGGACUUCAUCGUGAGAACCCUCAAGAUCAACUACAUCACUGACGGAGGCAAUUCUGCGGCUGACCGAGAACCUCAACCUCUUUGGGCAGGUGAAGGAGAUGUGUCGACAGCCAUGGUACAGACGCGGGAGCAGUACAUCCUCCUGCACCGGGCUGUCCGAGAGCUGUUCAAAGUGAGGCUCAGAGCUGAUCAAAGAGAGGCUCACGAGAACAUCCCCACAGACAGCAAGCCACUCAUCCUAAGGGAGAAGGAGAACGACCAUGAGGAGCUGUACCUUAGGCCAGAAAAACAGGACAAGAGUGCCAAGCCAGUGCCAGCCUCCACCACGGCCCCCAGCGUCGCCGCCACCCAGACUGACUCCCUUAUCUGCUACACUCACAUGAAAGGUAAGACACUGCCAGGCAUGUCAUGGUGUUCAAACUGA